GUGGAGUCGAAGCGCAUCUGAGUGUAUCCCUCCGCCGGCAGGGAAAAUGCUGCUGGACCAAUCACAUCUGUGUUUACACCAUCACCUGUCAAACGCACACCCUCUGCUAGAUUUCUCUCUGUAAAGGAGCUGAAAAACAGACUCACACUGAAACGCCUACGGUAGCUGCUAACUGGACGGACUCUCUGGCAAUUGACCUUUGCAGUGGAAUAGCGGAAUAAGUCUUGAACCAUGAGCUCUGUGGCAGUUUUAACCCCUGAGAGCUUUGCGGAGCACCGCAGUGGCCUGAAGGACCAGGAGAUGAUGGGCUGUGUCCCGGAGGAUGAGGCUUACAUCCCCACUUACUUGGAGGCCUUCCCGCCACUGCCAGAGAAGGGGGCACCUGGGGAGAAGGCUGGGGAGGUAGCCCCUGCCUGGGGGGGCAAGAUCAGACCAAUCAAAGCUUCUGUCAUCACCCAGGUGUUUCAUGUGCCACUUGAGGAGCGCCGCUACAAGGACAACAGCCAGUUUGGGGAGGGUGAAGAGGCUAAAGUGUGCUUGGACAUCAUGCAGCGGACCGGAGCCCACAUUGAGCUGUCCCUGGCUAAAGACCAAGGCCUGUCCAUCAUGGUCACCGGAAAACUGGACUCUGUGAUGAAGGCUCGCAAGGAAAUUGUAGCACGACUGCAGACUCAGGCCUCAGCCACCAUCAGCAUCCCAAAAGAGCAUCAUCGCUUUGUAAUUGGGAAGAAUGGGGAGAAGCUGCAAGAGCUGGAGCUGAAGACGGCCACCAAGAUCGCUAUUCCACGCCCUGACGACCCCAGCGCCAACAUUCGCGUCACCGGCACUAAGGAGGGUAUCGAGAAGGCUCGUCAUGAGAUCCUUCUGAUCUCAGCUGAGCAGGACAAGCGUGCAGUGGAGCGCCUCUCCCUGGAAAAGGUCUUCCACCCUUUCAUUGCUGGCCCACACAACCGACUAGUGCAGGAGCUGAGUCAGGAGACGGGCGCACGCAUCAGCGUCCCCCCGCCCAGCCUGCCGAAAGACGAGAUCGUCAUCACCGGGGAGAAGGAGGGUGUUGCCUUGGCACUCAGCCGCAUUCGAGCCAUCUAUGACGAUAAGAAGAGGAAGACCACCACCAUUUCCGUGGAGGUGAAGAAGACGCAGCAUAAAUACAUAAUUGGUCCAAAGGGCAACACCUUGCAGGAAAUUCUGGAGGCCACAGGGGUGUCGGUAGAGAUUCCCCCACUAGAUUCAGGCUCAGAAACCAUCAUCCUCAGGGGGGAGCCUGACAAGCUGGGACCGGCCCUCACACAGGUCUAUGCCAAGGCAAAGAGUGUGAUGCUGGUGGAGGUGACGGCCCCGGCCUGGCUGCAUCGAUUCAUAAUCGGCAAGAAGGGACAGAACAUUGGGCGGAUAACACAGCAGCUGCCCCGGGUUCAUAUUGAGUUUACAGAUGGCGAGGAGCGUAUCAGCCUGGAGGGACCGACUGAGGAGGUAGAGCUGGCUCAGGACCAGAUACAAGAGAUCAUCAAGGACCUGCUUGUGAGGAUGGACUACACUGAGAUCAGCAUAGAUCAGCGUUUCCACAGACACCUCAUCGGGAAGAACGGUGCCAAUAUCAAUCGGAUCAAGGAGCAGUACAAGGUAUCAGUAAGAAUCCCGCAGGACUCUGAGCGAAGCGGCUUGGUUCGGAUUGAAGGAGAUCCAAAAGGCGUCCAGUUGGCUCGCAGGGAACUCACAGAGAUGGUCCAAAGAAUGGAGAACGAGAGGACCAAAGACCUAAUUGUGGAGCACAAGUUCCAUCGGACAAUCAUUGGCCAGAAGGGAGAAAAGAUCAAGGAAGUUCGAGACAAGUUCCCUGAGGUUAUUAUCAACUUCCCUGACCCAGCGCAAAAGAGCAACAUUGUGCAGCUAAGAGGACCCAAAAGCGAGGUGGAGAAGUGUGCCAAGUUUCUUCAGAAGAUGAUUGCUGACCUGAUAGAGAACAGCUUUUCGCUCUCCAUUCCCAUCUUCAAGCAGUUUCACAAAAACAUUAUCGGCAAAGGGGGUGCUAACAUCAAAAAGAUCCGUGAGGAGACCAACACUAAGAUCGACCUGCCCACAGAAAACAGCAACUCUGAGAUGAUCGUCAUCACGGGCAAGAAGGGCAACUGUGAUGCUGCAAGAGAACGCAUCCUCGCCAUUCAGAGAGAAUUGGCCAACAUUAAAGAGGCAGAAGUCACCAUCCCAGCCAAGCUUCACAACUCCCUGAUUGGUUCCAAAGGCUGCCUGGUUCGCUCGGUCAUGGAGGAAUGUGGUGGCGUCCAUAUCCACUUCCCCUCUGAGGGUUCUGGCUCAGACAAGGUCACCAUCAGAGGGCCUGCUGGGGAGGUGGAAAAGGCCAAAAAGCAACUGCUGCAGCUGGCUGAGGAGAAGCAAGUCAACAACUUCACAGUUGAACUGCAGGCCAAACCCGAGUACCACAAGUUCCUGAUCGGCCGAGGCGGGGCCAAUAUCCGCCGCGUACGGGACAAGACAGGCGCCCGCAUCAUUUUUCCGUCGCCUGAUGACAUAGAGCAGGAAAUCAUCACCAUCGUUGGGAAAGAGGAAGCAGUCCGUCAGGCACAGAAGGAACUAGAAAGCCUGGUGCAAAACCUGGACAAUGUAGUGGAGGACAGCAUGGACGUAGAGGUCCGCCACCACCGCCACUUUGUGUGCCGGAGAGGUCAGGUUUUGCGGGAGCUGGCUGAGGAAUAUGGUGGUGUGGCAGUGAGUUUUCCCCGCACGGGGGUCAAUAGCCAAAAGGUUUUUCUGAAGGGAGCCAAAGACUGUGUGGAAGCAGCCAAGAAACGCAUCACAGAGAUCAUCGAGGAGCUGGAGUCCCAGGUGAGUGUGGAGGUGGCGAUCCCUCAGCGCUACCACCGCGCCAUUAUGGGGCCCAAGGGCAGUCGCAUUCAGCAUCUCACCCGUGAGCACGAGGUCCAGAUCAAGUUCCCUGAGAGAGAAGACGCUCUUGCAGGUCUUGAGGGUUCACCACAGGAGAAUGGUGACGUCCCUCCAGAGGUUGAGUUUGUGCCCCGUAAGUGCGACAUGAUCAUGAUUUCAGGUCGAGCCGAGAAGUGUGAGCUGGCCAAAGUUGCUCUGCUAGCCUUGGUGCCUGUCACGGAGGACGUGGAGGCGUCUUAUGAGCUUCAUCGCUACAUCAUCGGGCAGAAGGGCAGCGGAAUCCGAAAGAUGAUGGAGGAGUAUGAGGUGAACAUCUGGGUGCCACAACCAGAGAAGCAGCUAGAUGUCAUCAAGGUGACGGGCCUGAUCGCCAACGUGCAGCGAGCUAAGCAGGGUGUGCUUGAGCGGGUGAAAGAACUCCAGGCGGAACAGGAGGACAGGAUGCUGAGGAGCUUCAAGCUAACCAUGUCUGUAGAUCCAAAGUUCCAUCCCAAAAUCAUCGGACGCAAGGGGGCGGUCAUAUCCCAAAUCCGAAAAGAGCAUGACGUCAACAUCCAGUUCCCAGACAAGGGAGACGAACAACAGGACCUGAUCGUCAUCUCGGGGUACGAGGGGAAGGUGGAAGAGGCAUGUCAGGCAAUUAGGCAGCUGGUGGCCGAGCUUCAGGAGAUGGUGAGCCAAGAUGUGCACUUGGACCCGAGGACCCACGCCCGGAUUAUUGGCGCCCGUGGUAAAGCCAUACGCAAGCUGAUGGAGGAGUUCAAGGUGGAUAUCCGCUUCCCCCCACCAAACUCUGACGAGCCUGACAAAGUAACUGUGACGGGGCUUCCCGAGACGGUGGACGGCGCUAUAGACCACCUGCUCAAUCUUGAGGAAGAAUAUAUUCUCAGCAUGACGGAAACUGAGACGUUGGCAUCAUACAUGAAGCCUCCGUCGCGCUUCGGGGGAGGUAAGGGCGGAGUGGACGAUGGCAACGGGGGUGCGACAAAAGGCUUUGUGGUGCGCGACGCCCCCUGGAACGCCGCAGGGAACAAGGCUCCUGACAUGACCAGCGCAGAAGACUUUCCCACGUUUGGGACAGGCAUGGCCCCCAAGCAGACGUCCGCCUGGGGUCCCAAGAAGUUCUGAACGCAAAUCCACUGAGACAACAGACAUCUAAUUGCUGCUCACCUUUCUUUCUCCCGAACCUUGCCGCAGUGCAUUCUGGGAGAUCGGUUCUUUUCUCUUCCUUCUUUGCGCCCUGAGAGAGAACAAGAAUGUCGCACUCUCUUUAACGUCCCGCUCUGCCUCUUAGCUGGCCUAACCAUUGCUGGUCCAUUUCUAAAAGGUUUUGUUUUCGUCUUGCACAGGCUGCCAAACUCAAACUCAACUCACUGCUAAUUCUGUUCCUGUGCUUGGCAGCAUGCGUGUGUGUGAGUGUGUGAGUGUGUGAGUGUGUGUGUGUGUGUGCGCGUGUGUGUACGCUUGUGAAAAUUAUUUUUAGGCAAAUCUGCCACUGUAGUUUUCUUUAUAAAAAAAAAGGACUCAUGAUGAGGGGAAGUCCUGCACUGAUCUCAUGUUCUGUUUAUUUAUUCUGGGGAAAAAAAUAAGGAGCCAUUUUAUUUGGAGUACUGUGAUCUACUGUUUUUUUUUAAAAAGCACCCACUGUAGCGAUUUUAUGUUUGCGGGUGAACAAUGUUCUUCAGAGUCUGGCAACACGAUAGGCAGUGGUUACUGUUUGUGUACAAAGAGUUUUUGCAAUUUUUUUCAACCGUGAGGGAUUUUUUUGUUGGUGGUGUAUUUCAAGGUGUGUGUUUGUAUGAAGCUGAACCAAACUUGGACUGACAUAGUCUUUUAUUCUAAGAGCUCCUCAUUUAUGGCUUGAUAUUUUUGGCGACAUGCACUCAGAGGCUGCUUAGAGGUGGGCGAUACCACACAUUUAGAUAUUAACCCAACACCAGGUAAAUACAGGUGCCGAUACCAACUACUAUUACUAACUAAUUUUUACUUGGCAUUUUUUAUGAUCAUUGAAUGAGUUUGUGAUUUUAGCCUCUAAUUUGUUGAUCAUGAUUUUAAUCCGAAUAAAACCCUGGACAAAUAUUCAAGGCAAACCAUAAAACAAAUAAACCAAAUUGUCAUAAUAUUUAAUUAUAAUUGUUUUAAUAUUAUUAAUAUUAUUUCAUCAAAAUAUUACAAUUACCUUCUUUAAUACGUACAAUUGUUUGAACAAGGCAAUAGUUCUAAAUAAAAAAGAAAAGUGAAAACUACAAUAGGCCUACUACUUUAUUGAAUUCAAGCAAUGUUUCGUGAGUACAUUUAGAAGGGAAGCAAACAAUAUGCUAGUACCGCUCAUGCUUUGGUAUCGAUAAUGUCAACUAUUGGCUCGAUCCGCCCACCUCAACUGGUUGCCAGCAAAAGAAACAAGACUUUUUUGAUAUACUCAUUUUUAAAGCGUGUGUUUAAGUUAUCAUUUGUAGCAAAGCUCAUGAUUCAAAGUAGUCGCGCAGCAAUGUGGCAAUCAUUUAUAUAUUUUCUAAAUUAAAUAUUACAUUUGAGGUUAACUUUGACACAUUUUACAUUUGCCUAAGCAUGGCAUUAAAAUGUCAUCAACAAAUGUUCAUUUAAUAGUUCUUAAAUCAAACCCUGAUUUAAACUGACCGCUUGAAAUAAUUUUUAAAUGUCAUACCUUGUGACUGAAGCUCUUGGUAAAGCACUUAGGAGUAGUUUAAAAAACAUUGUUUUAUGUCGCCUACAAUCUCCCAUGAUGCUUAGCGACUACUCCCGCCAUGCUAGGUGAUGCAGGGUUAGCUGAGUAAAAUGCGUUUUUUUUAAAAUAGUAACUCGAGUCGUUCGGCAAAUGAGAUUUAUCCAAAAUGAUCACAACUGUAGAUUUUAGGAGAAAAAACCCUCAGGGUCGAAUUAUAAAGUCCAAUUUGUUGCAUAAAGGUUUUUAAUAGCUGAUGACAGGUUGAUGAAACAGACUAUGCAACCCAGGGAUGUACUGUAUGCUAGCAGGUGUUCUACUUCAUUAAAAGUACUUAUUUUCAUUGUUUAGCUUUUUGUUUGUUUAGAGUUGUAGAAGUCUUGACUUUGCUGCUUCAUGCUUGCUGUCUGAUCUUAAAUGGCGGGACAGAGCUGCCCUCCACAGCAGCUAUAAUUUUCUGUGAAAAGCUACCAAGAAAAACACACUAUUGGCCUUAAUAAGUAAGAAAUCAACAGCAUUUUGACUAAAGGUGUGAUUGUGCAACUACUGCAAUAAAAAAAUGUCAGAUGACUUUGUUUUUUACUCUAAAUAAAGUUUGACAGAAAAUAAGGAUGUUCUUGAAGGUCUUUUGUUUGACCUUUUUAUGGCCAAAACAAACAAAACUUUCUGUGCAUACUGUCAGUUUAUUUUUUUAUAAAUCAGGAAUAUAUUUAUGUACAAUUCAACAUACAGAAAACAAAAAGGGGGCAAAAAAUAAAAUUUUACAAAGCAGCACUCGGCCAUAAUUGACCUAUUAUAUGUUUCACAUUUUUGAUUGGAAGUUUCCUCAGAUCCCAGCUGCUCGUAGAAGAUUGUUGAGCUUCUUGAAUCAGUUUUGAGUUUGACUCAUCAAAAGUGCCUUAAGAAGCAUCGGGGUGUCGCAGAACAUAGCUGGUUGAGAAUGAAAACAAACAAGCUGUUACAAUCAAUCAUACACUGGUUCCUCUGAAUAAUUUGACACGUUUGUUGUCAAUGAACCAUGGUUUCAAGAAGGGAACCCACAGAACACUCAUUAAAAACAUUUGACAUUUAAACGCCAGCAUUGACGUCUCAUC